GAUCUUGGAAGAACAAGCCUACCCCGAUCCCUGUACCGAACAGAUAUCCCCCUGUCAUGAAUUCCGAUCCGUACAGUGGACGUAUGCAGGACAACUUGCACAACUCGCGGGUCAAGGUCCCUCGAAAUCCUGCGGCGUUUGCCAAGAUGUGGCAGAAUCAGCGUACGUCCUCCCGUGAAGCAGGCCCCUCCUCUCCCAAGCGACGAAAGAUUAAUCUGAAUCAAGACGUCCCGGAAGGUUAUGCUACUGGUUCGUCGUCGACAAAACGUGGCCAACGUUCUCGGCAAUCCCUGCCCAGCGGGACCAAGGGUGAUACUCCCUCAACUUCGCCUAGGACGCGGAAGAAACCGUCUCGCGCUACGGUAAUACCGAUUAUAGACCUGAUGGACGUGGACCAAGAAGAAGAGGAUGUCGGUGAACGAGUUACCACUGGUGUUAGAGCCAUGAGCCCUUCUUCUCCGGAUCCUCUCAACAUCAUAGACAAGCACACGCCCCACCCCUUCGACAUCGAAGAGCCAGUUGCUGGUCCCAGCAGUCGGCCCACGUCUCGUUCUGGAAGGAGUGUGGCUUCUGACGGCCCCAGUACAAGUCGACUUCGAGCAAAACACUCGGGGCAGCAGAAGCCAGAGGUUGUGAAUGUUGACGAGGACCCUUCGGACCCUAUCGAGGUUGACGAGAUACCCAUCGUGAACAAGAGUAAAUCCACCUCGAAGGGUGACGGCUUGGAUCUGAAAUUAAAAGGCAAUACGAAAAACAAGGCGGCCUUGUUUGAAGGGUCACAUCCUCCUCCUCAUGUCGACCUACGUGCCAAGGUACCAGGAUACCGGAAGCAGGCCAUGAAAGCCGGUAGAGCGCAGUUGACGUUCAAACCCGUUCCAGCCGGACGUGAUUCUAAUUGCGGUUCCUCUGCCAGGCCACCGUCAUCUGGUUCUAGCAAGCCGAUACACCGGCUGUCUGAAGAUAUUGAGCUGCCAAUCGAAGCGUGGGCUCUCGGCUGCGUUGUUUAUCGACAGGAGGACUUAGAGCAGGGAUCCUUCAUUUUCCACUAUGACACCAGCGCCCCUACGAUCACUGUGAAAAUGGCAGGUAUAGGUGCUCCACCUCUGCCAUUCCAACGCUUCCGCGUUGGGAGAGCAUUCUCCUCAAUGACAUACGAGAUCAAUGGACAGCAUCCUAUAAUCCAGUUCAGGACCUUUCGGGAGGACUCGUUACCGGAAGCUGACGGAUUCAAUCCAGGCUCGUCGCGGGUCGAUGGACGUGUAACAUUCAAGUUCAGUACCACGGACAGCGAUUGGAAACGUACGAAUUACCAGUUUAUUAUUUCCAAUCUACGCGAGAACUUGGAGGGUAAGCCGGACCAGGUAACCCAGGCUGGUGCCAAAGCUGUAUGGGAGGAAGUUCAACGGUCGGCUGAGUUAUUCUCUCUGCAAGCACGGCGGCAGAAGGCUGCAGGCUCGAUUCCUGGUACCCCUGAGUUAUCGGCAGUGACCAGGGAAGCUUCCAGGCGCCGUUCAGCGUCUCAGCUCGAACUCGAUCGUUCCACGAAUGGUGACUCUGUGAAGCCUUCCGGUCCCCCAAAACCUCGACCUGCAUACAAAGGCUACGAGGCGAGCACAGAACCACCAACUCGUAGAUCCACAAGGUCGUCAUUAUCUGGUCGACCCGACUCACCUGUUCUGGAUCCUGACGAACUCAUACUGGUGUAUCCGCCAUCUGGUACCGGAGCGGUAAAUAUCACCCGGUCUGACCUUUUGCGUCUGCAGCCAGGCGAAUUCCUCAAUGAUACUUUGAUAGAGUUCGGAUUGAAACUAUGGGUUAACGAGCUUCGAGAGCGGGAUCCUGAGUUAGCGGAUCAGAUCCACGUGUUCAGUUCUUUCUUUUACAAGAAGCUCAACACCAGGAACCGCGAGGAGGGAUACCAAAGUGUUCGCAAAUGGACAUCGAAGUUCGACCUAUUCAGGAAGAAAUAUAUCAUCGUACCUAUCAAUGAGAAUCUGCAUUGGUACCUUGCUGUGAUUUACGAGCCUGAACAUGUUCUCCGCCCACCCAUGGAACAUCCGAAAGCAAACACUCGAUCGCAAAAGGCGGACGAGAGAGGUGCAACGGAAGAGACAGGCACCACGGAAGCUCCAGAAGCUAACAGAGCCGCUUCUCCAUCGAACAUCUCUGAGAGUAUUUCGGGGUUGUCUUCCGCCACUCAAGGUGACGAAGAGGCAGUCGCGAAACAUCUACUCUCCGGUCGACGGUCCCGCUCAGUUACUGAUUCUGUCGCUGGUGCGCCUGAACAGAGUGAAGUAGGGGAUUCUGCGGGCAGUACUGGGCCCAUUGACAUCGAUGAGGACGACAGAGAGAUCCCGCGGUCAUCUUCUUUGACUCCGAUAGGGUCCGAUAUGGAGAUGGAGACCGCAUCGAAUGGAGCACCCCGAUCAAGUACACCUAGGGCUGCUGCUGAUACAUCCAAAGUCUCUGGUGUGCCUCCCUCCCAGUUUUACUCGUCCGCGUCAAAGAAGGGGAAGCAAAGGGCGCCCCCUACACCGUUUCCCAUGGAUAUUGUACCAGAGGCUGGUGCGGAGACGGAUGAAAUCGGAGAGCCGCCAGCUGUUGAUGGACGACCGACAACAUACAUCUUCACUUUGGAUUCCCUCAAUGCUAGCCAUAAGCAAGUCAUCAACGUUCUCACUCGCUACCUGGCUUGGGAGGCAAAGGACAAGAAGGGCCUCGAGGAAAGCAGUCCGGCAGUUGGUUUGCAAGCCCAUGUGCCACUCCAGCCAAAUUACUGUGACUGUGGGCUGUAUCUCCUACACUUUGCGAAAACCUUCAUGAAGGAUCCUAGCCGGAUAUCUCGCCUCAUAUGCUCUCGGAAAAAGGGCACAGACACGGAGCGCAAAGCGGACUGGGACGCCGAGAACGUCGGCGCGUUCAGGGAAGAGCUGUCGCUGCGGAUAUUGCAGCUCUCCGAGGAGUGGAAGAAGGACCGCGCGGCGAAGGAGGAGGAGCGCAAGCGGCUGGCGGGCGCGGAGAAGCCUGCGAGCGGGGGUGUGUCUGCCGCGGACGGGUCGGACGACGACAUCGUGCUGGAGGACGUGCGUCCGGCGAGGACGCCCCGCGGGGUGAAGCGGAAGGAGAGGGGGGAGGCGGACGGGCCUGCCCUGCGUAUUCGUGGAGGGCGCUGCUCGCCUUGAAGUCAGGGACACAUGGGGCGUCGACAGUGCGAUUACUAUAGUGCAUACAGAAGCUAAUGCGCGCCUUAAUGCAUUCAUUCUGGUCUCCUGAGGGGCAGGGGCUGUUUCUUCAUGGCAUUGUCACUUGGCACUUUGCACACCCAUGUCAUUUCUAGAACGCAACGACGCAUUCACGCAAGCAUCGUUCUUUGUAUGUAUA